GUGUGUGAGUGUGUGAGCGUAAGCCAGUCUUUGGCAGAAGCAAGAGUCUGUGCUGCCCACUGAAGACUUCAGCUGUGCCAUUUAGUGUGUGUAAGUGCCACCGAGUGUAAUUUAGAGUGAAUCUGUGUGUGUGUGUGUGUGUGUGUGUGUGUGUGUCAAAGUGACGGACUGCCCGUGAGAGUGUGUGUGUGGGAGAAAGUGGUAGAGAGUGGCUGUGUGUGUGUGUGAGUUUGUCUAUGUGUGGGUUAAAUGUCAAAGAGUGCCUUUGAGAGUGUGAGUGUGAGUGAGUGUGUGUGUUUGUGUGUGUGUGUGAGUGUUUGAGUAUGCGUGUGAGAGAGUGUUUAAGUGUGUGUGUGUGUGUGUGUGUGUGUUAGUGUGUGUGUGUGUGUGUGUGUGUGUGUGUGUGUGUGUGUGUGUGUGUGUGUGUGUGUGUGAUAUGGAGGACAGCACUACAUCAGAGGAGGACCUGGAGGCGCUGAUUGAGGGUCUGGACUACAUCCCGGGUCACUUCCACCUGCCUCUGCACCUGAACGGCGAAUCACAGGGUCCCGCCGACCUGCGGAGGCGGGACACACACCUGCGGAGGGAGAGUCUGCGUGUCCAGCUGGAGGCCGAGACCGGACCGCUGCAGUACGCCGUCAGGAACCUCCUGGGCCUGCUGGACUUCCACCUGGACCGCCUGUCCGAGGCCGAGGAGGCGUUCCGCGCCGUCGUCCGAGAGGAACCGGACAACCUCAACGCCUGGGCCAACCUGGGCUACGUGUACGACCGGCUCGGACGCGAGAUGGACGCCGGGGAGUGUGUGGAGCGGGUGUCCGCCCUCAUGGGCCUCACGGGGGACGGUGCCGGUACCGGUUCCGGACGCAGCGCUGCCCGCUGCCUGGCCGAGCAGGCGUACACACACCCCUGGGACGUGGAGCUGCACGAGGACGAGGUGCUCCGAGAGAGACUGACCGCCGCGCUCACACUCUACAACAGAGCGCUGGACUAUGGUGCAGAUGUGAUACCGACAGAGGAGAAGAGGAGCUGGUACUUCAACAUGGCCACCAUUUACAUAAGGCUGGACGGAAUGAUCCGGAACAAUGAGGACGCUGAGUACUCCAGACCUCCCCUCUACAACAAGGGCCUCAAGCUGCUCACUGAGGUGCUGGAGUCAGACAACGUACGCCUUAAGGCUCUGGCGUGGUGUUAUGUGGGUGUGAUGCUGGAGAGGAAGGACGAGUUCUCCACGGUGCCCAUGGCUGUCCACGACUGCGGCUACUCCAGCUCAGAACCUCUGUCCUGCUACGGACUGGCCAUCAAGUUUGCGGCGGACGAUGCGCUGAUCCUGAACCAGCUGGCGGGCAUCUUCCUGAAGCUGGGCAAACACGACAUGGCCACGGGCAUCAGCAACAUGGCGCUCAACGUGCUGCCCGACCCCGAGCUUAACUGGCAGGCCUACUGCAACCGCGCCAAGAUUAACGUGACGGCGUACGUACGGAACCUGGAGAGGGCCAAAAAGGGGCAUGCUGGGAUUCCCGACAGGCAGAGCCUACGAGAGGCCAAAGGUGACCUGGAGCGAGUCCUGAGUGUGAGACCCUGUCUGAGGACACACCUGGAGAUGGCACAGGUGCACUACUACAUGGGUGUGGACGCGGUGCAGGAGUCCCUGCUGGUGGACGAGGGGGCGGUGAACAGCGCCCUCGUGUGUCUGUCCCGGGCGCUGCAGUGCCCGCCGGGCGAGAGCCUGCCGGAGCUGCACCUGCUGAGGGGGCGGUGCCUGCUGCUGAAAGGGGAGGAGUCCAACGCCGUCGACUGCUUCCUGCGCUCGCUGGAGCUGCAGCGUCCCGGAGCGGCCGACCCCGCUGCGCUGCGCUUCCUGCUCGGGGCGCUGCUAGUCUGCUGCUGCCAGGGCCCAGACUCGGACAGCGCCAUCUGCAGGCUGGAGGAGUGUGUGCACCACGCCGAGAAGACGUACUCGCUAACCGUAGUGCGGGAGGAGCUGCGGGCGCUUUGCCGCGCCCACGUCGCCGAGGUGACAGAGCUGUCCAAGACGCUGGUCAUCAGGGGCCGAACUAAACUGGUGCGCCACCUGCUGGACAGCCUGCAGCCGCGCGGGAAGACGCCGCUGAUUCGCUCCUUCUCUGUGUGAGGGGGAGAGGAAUACACACAGUGGGUAUGUACAAGUUCUAUAUGAGUAUUCGGUGAACCAGAUGAACAGCUCCGUCCACAAUACAGGAAGAUGAUCAGAGACGUUCACCAUCUCUCUGGAUGGAUUAAUGUGACUCCUCUUCAGGACAUUUACCUACAUGUAUCUUAACAAAACUUCACGUUUUGAUCAUAGCCUGGGUAUACCCAUGCUGCCUUGCGCACGUUUUCAUUCGCACUGCUAGGCAGCCUGGAUUCCAUGGACCUAAUUUGUACGCUUUGGUUCAAACACUACACACCUAUCACUACUGAAAAAUGUAAGGUUCAUCAAUGAAAUAAUGAAUGAAUGAAUUAGUUAUUUCGAAGUAUUAAAAUGCUCUACAUGUUAUCUGGUGUAGGCUUAUGGAUAUAUCUGGCUCGCCUAUGAGCUACGCACAGACACAUUUGAUAGACAUCUGUAACGCCCAAUAAACGGCUCUGGGCGUUCGUAAACCACGCCUCAAAUACGAGAAAAUUAAUGUUUGGUUCCCAGACCACUUCUCAAUGUGCUCGGGGAAACCUGGAGCUGGUGUUGACUCCAGACAAUCAGGCUUGUCUGUGUCCAGCUCUUACAGGUAUUAUGAGACUGUAAUGACUUAUUGAGUGUGCGUUUAAUGUGCAGUAGAAAACAGUUGCAACAGGUUGUUGUCUGGAAUGCGGCCACAGGGCCUGAUAGUCAGGUUCAGUCAGGUGAACCUAUCAACAAGGCCUGACAGUCUACUAUCUAUCAGAAUGGCUAUGUUUAACCCAACACCAUCCACCUACUCUAUCAGGAUGGCUGUUUGUUCUGAUAAAUGGAACUGAUCAACUGGACACAAACUGCAUGUAAAUGGGGCACCGGCUGCAUUGCUUGUCCAGUGUCACAGUGUUUGUGUGUGUGUGU